AAGAAGUGACGCUCCUCCAAUCAACCCCCUCGCUCGCUCGCUCGCUCGCACCGACGCGCGCCACGGUCCCUGUUUGUCACGUUCGGCCCCGCUCACUCCCACACACCACAGUGAUCCCACUCCCACCGCGGAAUGCCACCUCCGACCCCAAGAACCAAGCGACGGGACGCGGCCAGGCUCCUCCUCCUCGCCACCCUCCUCCUCCUGCUCCUCACAUUCCUCUUCGCCCAGAGCGCAUUCGCCGCCGACGACCACCACGCACGCACGCUCCUCGACGCCAAUGCGGAAGCGGGCGCCGACGCCGAGCACGCGGCGGCCGUGGACCGGCAUUGCGCGGAGAUGCUGCACCGGGACGUGUGCGUGUCGACGCUGGCGGGCAUCCAGGGGCUCGCGCGGAAGCCGCUCGGGGACGUGAUCUCGGAGGUGGUGGAGCGCGCGGCGUCGGCGGUGCGCGCUGCCGCGUCCAACUGCACGUCCUACCUCUCCCGCCCGCACCGGCUGCGCCUGCGCGACCGCCUCGCGCUGUCCGACUGCCAGGAGCUGUUCGGGCACACGCUGAGCCAGCUCGGCACGGCGGCCGACGAGCUCUCGGCCGGCAACCGCAGCGCGGAGGACUCCAUCGCGGGCGUGCAGACGGUGCUGUCGGCCGCCAUGACGAACCAGUACACCUGCCUGGAGGGGUUCGCGGGGCCGUCGGCGUCGGAGGACGGGCGCGUGCGGCCCUUCAUCCAGGGCCGCAUCUACCACGUCGCCCACCUCGUGUCCAACUCGCUCGCCAUGGUCCGCCGCCUCCCGCAGCGCCGCCGCGGGCGCGCCCUCCGCGCGAGGACCACACGAAGCGAGGCGUUCGAGGGGUACGGGCGCGUGCGGCGCGGGUUCCCGGCGUGGGUGGCGGCGGCGGACCGGAGGCGGCUGCUGCAGCAGCAGCAGGGCGAGGGCGUCGUCGGCGCCCCGGACCUGGUGGUGGCCAAGGACGGGAGCGGCAACUUCACGACGGUGGGGGAGGCGGUGGCGGCGGCGCCCAACAACAGCGCGACGCGGUACGUGAUCCACAUCAAGGCCGGGGGCUACUUCGAGAACGUGGAGGUCGGGGCCGAGAAGACCAACCUGAUGCUCGUCGGCGACGGCAUGUGGAGGACCGUCAUCAAGGCCAGCCGCAACGUCGUCGACAACUACACCACCUUCCGCUCCGCCACGCUAGCGGUGAUUGGGACGGGGUUCCUGGCGCGGGACCUGACGGUGGAGAACGCGGCGGGGCCGGCCAAGCACCAGGCGGUGGCGCUGCGGGUGAACGCGGACCUCUCUGCCUUCUACCGCUGCAGCUUCGCGGGGUACCAGGACACGCUCUACGCGCACUCGCUCCGCCAGUUCUACCGUGACUGCGACGUCUACGGCACCGUCGACUUCGUCUUCGGAGACGCCGCCGUCGUGCUCCAGAACUGCAGCCUCUACGCGCGCCGCCCGGGCCCCGGCCAGAAGAACGUCUUCACGGCGCAGGGCCGCGAGGACCCCAACCAGAACACCGGCAUCGCCGUGCAGGGCUGCAAGAUCGCCGCCGCCGCCGACCUUGUCCCCGUGUUGUCGAACUUCUCCUCCUACCUCGGCCGGCCGUGGAAGACCUACUCCCGGACCGUGUUCAUGCAGUCCAAGAUGGAGAGCCUGGUGCACCCGCGCGGGUGGCUCGAGUGGAACGGCACCUUCGCGCUCGACACGCUCUACUACGCCGAGUACAUGAACCGGGGGGCGGGCGCCAACACGUCGGCGAGGGUGGCGUGGCCGGGCUACCGGGUGAUCACCAGCGACGCCGACGCCGGCAACUUCACCGCGCAGGCGUUCAUCCAGGGCGACCUCUGGCUCAACUCCACCUCCUUCCCCUACACGCCGGGCCUCGGAUAGAAUAGAGAUGAGAGGGUUUUUGAAUGACAAAAAUAAGGGGCGGUUCAUCUCAGGUUUAGUCAGGAAAGGGGUUAUACUAGGCUCUCCUCGUUUCUUCCCGUUCGUCUCUACUGUAUACACUGAAGAAAAACUGAAGUGCCAGCCAAUGUUCAGAUCUGCAAUGCCCAUUGGUAGUGUAUAACUAUUGUUCAGAUCUGUAAUAGUCACUGGUACUCAUGUAACUGUGCUGGUAGGGUUGGACUCUUUACAACAGAGGACGAAAAUUAAA